GCAGUUACUGAUGUGGCAAUGAGAGCGGCGGCGCAUGCGCAGUGAGGGCUGUUUUCAGCACCCUGGAGAGCGGCCACAGACUGAGCCCAAGGCACAAGGGGGGAAGCGAGGGGACAGUGCGGGACUGGGAACCAUCAGAACCGGGUCAGCAGGACUCACCGGAUCCCGUAGUUUCUGUAUCCAAAUGUCCGUGUCCCGGAGAUCAAGCUGAGGAGGAGGAGGGCGGGCGCUAUGGGCAGGAGGGGAGGCUGCUCUGUAUUAGCCCCGUGUCCCUGAUUGAGCCCAUUAUCAGCGGGUACAAGUCCGACCCUACGUGGAGGCAGCGCAGUAACUGUGUCUCCGUGUCCCUAGAUAUUCCCUAUAGUCUGUGCAGGGGAGGCCAGGGACGUGACUUCCUUCAGCCGCAACAAUAAGAGACCCCUCUAAACUCCUUCCCUGGAAAUUCUUCAACAUCAAGGGCCCUGGAGAGAUACACACAGCCUGGCACAUGAGAGCCCUGGUAUGAUGUCGCUCUGUGAGUGUCUCUCCCCUUGAGACAGAUGGGUUUCUACAUCAGCUCCCUGUCGAGGUCUCACUGCACCAAGACCCAGGUGAGACAUUAUCAAGUGGCCCCCAGUUACAACUACAAGUGGACAGACGUUCACUACGAGGCCAGCAGAGGGAAUGUGGAGAAGCUCCGUGUGUUACUCAGCACUACAGACAAGGAGCUGGUUGACAGGAAAGAUUAUUAUGGAAAGACGUCGCUGUACUGGGCUGCAUAUAAGGGCCAACGCCUCGCCAUGGAGUUAUUGCUGCACUAUGGGGCAAAUGUAAACAGCUGCUGUAAACAUGGCGGGACCCCACUCCAUGCCGCCAUCGGAUUGUUCCCAGACUGUGCCCUUUUGCUUAUACAGCAUGGAGCUGAUGUCAACCUGCAGGAUAACUGGGGGGUUACCCCAAUGUAUCUGGCCGCUUGCAGUGGGCAAAUGGAGUGCAUACGGCUCUUGGUGCAGGCCGGAGCUGACACAACUUAUAAGAACAAGAAAACAGGAUUGCCUCCCAAACGCCUUGCUUCCCAAGUUGGCUUCAUUGCCUGGAUUGAAUCUUGCUCACGGCAGCCUCGCUCUCUGAAGCAUCUCAGUCGCCUGCGGAUCCGAGCCACUCUGGGUCCCCGACGCCUCCAAGCCAUUAGGACUUUCAACUUGCCAGAAUCCCUGAAGUGCUAUCUUAUGUUUGAGGACCUGGUACUGCAGGAACCCGUUUAGCACUAGCUGAUGUACAUAUCACUGUAUAAUAUGCCUCCAGGAAUUGCUUUGUGUUGUAACUAUGCAGAGAUGAUACAUUUCUAUACUCAAUGAUUGGGGAGACUACUGGAAAAAGUUCUAUAAACUUGUGGGCAGAAGACCGACCAUGUAAAAGAAAUGUUUGUACAAGCAAGAAGCCCAGCCAGCACCAAGGGAAGACUGAUUUGGGUAAAGUAAUUGCCCAUGAGUUUCAUAGUCCUGUGGAAGGAUUUACUUAUUUUCUACAUCAGGACUUCUACAUGUGCUCCAUUGUGUGUGCCCAUUUUUUGGCGUUUUGUGUAAUUCUGCCCCAGAGCUGUACAGGUAUAGGACCUGUUAUCCAUAAUGCCAGGGACAUAGGGUUUUCUGGAUGACGUAUCUUUCCAUAAUUUGGAUCUUCAUACAUAAAGUCUACUAGAAAAUCA